AUGCCCAUUGACUACUCCAAGUGGAAAGCAAUUGAGGUGUCCGAUGACGAGGAUGACACGCAUCCAAACAUCGACACACCAUCCCUUUUCAGAUGGCGUCAUCAAGCUCGUCUCGAAAGAAUGGCUGAGAAGAAGCAGAAGAGGGAGGAGAUUGAAAAGAAUAAGGCAACGAGUGAGAACAAGAUUGAGCUACAAUCCACUGAUAUUAGUGCAGAUGAGAAGUCUAAAAUUGAGAAGGAGAUAGCAGACAUCAAGGAGCAAGAGGCAAAAUGGCUGGCAAAGGAAAAGGAGCUCGAGGAACAAGAGAAGCUCGAGCCGUGGAACGUUGACACUAUAGGCCAUGAAGGAUUCAGUUACUCAAGACAACUUGAAAAGAAGCUACAAUCUACUGAUAUCAGUGCAGAUGAGAAGUCUAAAAUUGAGAAGGAAAUAGCAGACAUCAAGGAGCAAGAGGCAAAAUGGUUGGCAAAGGAAAAAGAGCUCGAGGAACAAGAGAAGCUUGAGCCGUGGAACGUUGACACUAUUGGCCAUGAAGGAUUCAGUUACUCAAGAGUUAACAAGGUCACUGAAAAGAAACCUCCUCCAAACGAAUACACAGCAAAUUAUCUCACCAUCGAUGCACUGAACAUGGCUAUCGACAAUAAGGAAGAGGAAAUGAGCAAUAUCGCUCGACAGUGCAUUGUAAUCCAGUAUCUUCUCGAACUUGCUAAGAAUAUGAACGCCAUUCCAACGAACGCCAAUAUCAUCAAAGCUUUCUUCAAAAAAUUCCGCUCAGCAGAUCCACAGUAUUUGAAACUUUACACUGACGAGGUAGCUGCGUUUGAGGACAGGCUCCGAAGACGUGCUAAAGAAAAGCGAGAUGCAGCUCUGGCUGAGUUUGAAGCCGAAGAGAAGGAAAAACGCAUUGCUGCGGCACCGGGUCAUCUCGAUCCUCAGGAAGUGUAUGAAUCUUUGCCUGAAGAGAUGCGUGCAGCUUUCGACAGCCAGGAUGUUUCGAGACUUCAGGAGGUCGCCUUGUCCAUGGAUAGAGAGGUAUCAUUGAUUUUU